GCAUCCUAGGACAGAGGAUAAAUGUAAAAUUGUGUCAACAAUUUUGGAUAUCAAUAUGUAAAAAUGACAAGACGUAUCAAAAUGGACCAUCGUCGCAACUCCUAUGGAGGGAUUGGGGGUUGUAUGUAGCAAUCAAAUGUUCUCUACCCAUUCUGUCAAGUGAAGAGAAACGCCACAAAGAUUUAUCAAGCAAUAACAAGAAAAAUGAGCUUGUUGGACGAACUCUUUGGCCAAAUAUUGCAAUCGGAAGAGUCAAUAAGACAGAGAUUUGAACAGCUAAAGGAAGCGCAUUCAAAGAUACUGGAAUUUCAGUCAAAAUUAAAAGAUGCUGCAUUUGAAGUUCAGUCAUUAUAUGGAACCAUGGCCGUAAAAAAUCACAAACUUGUAGAAAAAGAGGUUGAAUUAAAAUGGUUUUCAUCAAGAGUAACGAUACUUAAACAGAAAGCUCUGGAAAGCAAACUUGUAAAAGAAGAAAUUUCUUCCCAAAUACGUGAAAUCGAAAGCGUAAUCAAACAAGAGAGAACUGAAUUUAUAGAAGAAACUAAAUCUUUUUUGGAAUCUCACGAGCUAUCUUCGAAUCUUGAAUCCCAUUACGAACAAAAGCUUAAAAGAAACAUUCAAGAGCUAAAGGAAAGGACAAAUGAACUUCAAACAGACCUCGAGACUCUUGACAAAUGUCAAAGUGCAAGAAAAAUUCUAGAUGAGAAGAUUGAUGUGGCAAACCGAUCAAUCACUUCACUGAUAUUUGAAAAAGAUGAGAAAGAAGAAGCUUUGCAAAUGGCAAAGAAGAAAGCAGACGAGGCCCUUGCCUCCAAAGAUGAUGCCAUGGCCUUGCCACAGAAAUGUAAUGAAUUCAAGAGAUUAUCUGAAGAGCUAAGCAACUGCCAGAAACGUUCCGAAGAACUAAGCAGGCGAAGAAGGGACCUGUUGUCAGAGCUCUAUCUUUGCCAGCAAGAAUUCAUGAAAAAAGAUUCAUACAUGAAGACAAUUCAGUCAUCAACUGCUAUCUCUGGUAGCCAGGCAAUGAAAACAGGGAAUGACAUUGGAUGUGCAAAAGGAAGUUCAGCUGAUGAAAGCCACAGCAACAGGAGGGUAAGUCUGUUUAAAAGCACAAAAAGUAAUUCAAACUAUUCUCAGAAUGCCUUUCGGUAGCUGAGCUGGACAGUAAAGAAAUGAAAGCAAAGGAAUGAAAGCUAAACUUGGUUGACAAUAGCAUGAAUUUGAAAUGGCUGACUUACAGAAAACAGUUUAUAAGUUAAAAUACAGGAAUUUCGAGAUCUCUUUAUAGUUCUCUUAGAUGGGCCUAUAAAAUACAAGAUCAGAGAAAAUCAAACUAUUUAGAAAAAAAUUAGUAAAAGAACUGUCAUUAAUUGAUUCUUGACGGCUAUUUUUUGCCGUUUCUUGAAGUAGAAUUUAUUGAGAAGACUGGUGGGAUCAUGCUUUCCCCAUCAAGCAAGGAAGUUUGACGCUACUUUUAAAACUUUAGAGCUAGCACAUCUGUAUUUACGUGUUUCAACAAAGUCCUUGGCCAACACCUUGUCUGAUAUCUUCAUUAAACUAUAACCGCAAAAUAUGUCAACAGUUGAAAACCUUAAACUAAACACUGAAUCACACCUGGACAAAUGAAAUCCACCCCAAGGCUUAUUUUAAUUAUAACGGUAUGUCAAUAAAAGCCUGAAAUGACAGCAAACGUUUAAAAUCUGCAACAGACUUUCGAUUUCUUUGACUAAUAUGUGAUGAUUUGGCGAUGAGACCAAACGAAUGAAAUAUAAAAACGACGGUUUGCAAAUAUACUUACAGGUCGUACAUAAACGACAUGUCACGAAGUUCUUUUCAAACAUUAGAGGAUUUCAAAACACCCCCUUGUCUCUCCUUGCCGGCG